AUGGGUAGAGUUAGAACCAAGACCGUCAAGCGUGCCUCCAAGGCUUUGAUUGAACGUUACUAUCCAAAGUUGACCAUGGACUUCCAAACCAACAAGAGAAUGUGUGACGAGAUCGCCACCAUCCAAUCUAAGAGAUUGAGAAACAAGAUUGCUGGUUACACCACUCACUUGAUGAAGAGAAUCCAAAAGGGCCCAGUUAGAGGUAUUUCUUUCAAGCUACAAGAAGAAGAAAGAGAGAGAAAGGACCAAUACGUCCCAGCUGUCUCCGCUUUGGACUUGUCUCACUCUAAGGGUGUCUUGAACGUUGACAACCAAACCGCCGACUUGGUCAAGAACUUGGGCUUGAAAUUGCCUUUGUCCGUCUCCAACGUCUCUGCUCAAAGAGAAAGACGUUACAGAAGAAGAAACUAA